AUGAAUUCUGUGGGUUCAGCUACUAUUGGAUGCUUUUUGCCGGAAAGUAUUUUCCCGAAAUACGAAUUGCCGAUACCAUUUUUGCUGCCAUUUAAGAAUCAGAAAACUUGGAGUGCCUUUUGGAUAACUGUAAUUUGUCAAACGGGAGUUUGUUUUGUUUUUGGAUUGUUCAAUUUGUUCUUCUUGGAUGUCCUUUGUUGUCUAUUUUGGCAUAUUAUGGUAAUGUUGGAUAUAGUUCGAGAUAUUGUUAUGAAGUUAAACAUAGAAUUGAAGGCGAAAAAUCUCUUUGGAGAAAAUCGAGAACUUGGAUCACGAGUUUUGGAUAGCAAUACUUUAGGAGAUAUUUUGGCAGAGUCUCAUGAUGAAUCAAUGAAGUUCAAGGACUGGCUUGAAAUCAUCACAGACCUUCUUGUGGAUAUUAACAAAACAAUUAUAUCGCUUCGGGAUCUACUUUCAGAAUUUUUCUUGGCACUUGAAUUUGGAGUUUUUAGCAUCCUUUUACUCUCAGGCUUAAUAUUGGUCGUCAUUAAGCAGCAACAAGUUUUUGCCAUCGGAGUUUCAACUGGAGCAAUGUUGUUAUAUCUAUUCUGCUUCAUCAAUGAAAGGAUUUUGGACAAGUUUGAAGAGGUCAAAAAUGAGCUUUACAACAUUCCAUGGUACGAAUUAAGCCCAAAAGAUCGAAAAAUCCUCUUAAUUGCCAUGAAUUGCGACAAAAUUCAAGCAGGAUUUACUGCCAUGGGCAUUCAUUUCAUGGAUCUGAAGAGAUUUGCGAGCAUCAUGAAUUUGGUUUACUCGAAUGUUCUUGUUUUGAAAGAUAUCAUUCAGAAAUAA